CCCUGCUUUUCCGAAAAGGGUCCUAUGCUCCCCGGUAUGUAUGGCUACAGGGAAAAAUAGGACCCUUCUUGGGAAAAACGGCGAACAUAGGACCUAUUUUUUUUUAAAAAAGGGUCCUAACAUAGAACCCGGGGAACAUAGGACCCGGCGGGGAACAUAGGGAUGACCCCGUAAUAACGACUGCACAAAUGGGAAUACCCUUACUUCCACGGAGCACAUGAAGCGAAUGCUUCUAAAACAGUGUGUUUGACGGGCCUUUAUUAUGCAGUAAUAAAGGCCCUUUAAAAUAAACAACUAAAUUUGCUGUUGCCUACGUUGCGUGGCGGUGUGACUAGCCUACUUGGAACAGACUUGGAAGCAUUGGAAGGCAUCGACAAAAUGGCCGGCCUGGCCCACAUCGCAGAUGCUAUAGAUGAAAUCCUGAGGACUGAAGUUGGGACCGAUCACCUUCUCCUAUUUCUCGAAAACAUUAGCCAUGUGCUGACAAUUGAAGCAGCCGAAGGGGAUUUGCCCGAUGAGCAACGGGUCUGUCAGCUUUUAUCCAUGGCCAUUCAUGAGCUCGAUGGAGCACGUAUGCAAGCCAUGUCAAGGGAGCAGCUGCUUUAUCUCCUGGAGAGCCACUUCAAAGUUGGAGACAUUGCGAAACAGCUUGGAGUAAGCAAGCGGACCAUUCGAAGGAGGAUGACUGAAUAUGGUCUGUCUGUGAGACAGACAUAUUCAAACAUUACAGAUGAAGAACUCUGCAGAGUUAUAUUCCAGUUCAUCUCAAAUUGCCCAAAUGCAGGUAUAAGGACUGUGACUGGACAUCUGAAUUCUCUGGGAAUAAGAGUCACACAGCACAGGGUUCGUCAGGGUCUGAAAGCUGUUGAUCCGGUUGGUAAUUUUCUCCGUGGGCUUCAGUUAAACACGGUUCCAAGGGUUCCAUACAGCGUUCCGGGUCCUCUCUCCCUGUGGCACAUUGAUGGGAAUCAUAAACUGAUACGGUGGAAAAUUGUAAUACAUGGAGGUAUUGAUGGAUACAGCCGGCGGAUUAUGUUUCUCAGUGCCAAUACCAACAACAGGGCUUCCACUGUACUCCAGUGUUUUCUGACUGCUGUCGCUGAACAUGGUUUGCCACAACGCGUACGAAGUGACAAGGGAGGAGAAAAUGUUGAGGUGGCCAGGUUCAUGCUUGAACAUCCAGAACGGGGCCCUGACAGACGUAGCCACAUCACAGGGAAGAGUGUCCACAAUCAGAGGAUUGAAAGGCUGUGGCGUGAUGUGUGGGUCAUGGUGGUGUCAAACUACUACCACACCUUCAGGUACCUGGAAGAGGUUGGAUUGUUGAAUCCCGAUGAAGAUAGCCACAUCAUCUGUCUCCACUACAUCUUCCUACCAAGACUGAACUGGCAUCUGAGGGAGUUCAUCAGGAUGUGGGACAGGCAUCCCCUUUCAACAGAGGGAAACAGGUCCCCACAACAACUAUGGGUGGCUGGCUUGCUUUUGGAGCCACAACAGGAUCUUCAUCUGGCUGAUGCUACAAACUGGGGCAUUGACUGGGAAGGACCUGUUGCAGAACCUGACCCAGUGGCUGUGGUUCAGGUUUUACCAGUCCAUUCAGACCUGCAGCAGACAAUUGAGGAGCAUUUAAGGGGUACGAUUGAUCCAUACAUGACCAGUGACGUCUUCGGCAUGGACCUUUACUGGCAAGCUUUGUCACUUGUUGCACAGCUUCACUUACCGGACUAGUUCUGCUAUUUUGUGCCAUAAGUGAGCAAACUAUUUAUGUGACAGUUUGGGUUGAUGCAUCCAAUUUGGGGUUGGCUCAUUUAUGCAUUUGCAAAAAAAAAAGAAGCCUUUUUUAUAUUUCCAGUUUUAUAAAUGCAUUGUCUUAUUAUUGUUUGGUAUUUGUGAAAAAUAAAUGACAUCAAAUAACUGUUCAAGUUCUUCAUUUUUAAAUAAUAGAAACUAGAAAAUAAUUACAUUAAUAUUCUCAGCCCUCGUGUCGUUCAUAUAUGCCACCGAAACACUGUGAAUGUAUCACACUUGAAUAAUGAAAGUCAGAGUGCUUUGAAGAGUUUCUCUUUACUUACAUUUCUGCAAAUAUACACGGACAAAGACGACACAUUAAUAACGACACUUUUUUGAUAAACAUUCAUGUCAGUACUGAACUACAAAGUGUUAAGGUUUCAGAGGACAGAAAGGUCAAAUCCACCCUGUGGUACUACACAAAUCAAUACUAUGCCUGUGUAAAAAUAAGUGGAGCACAAUGUAUACUGCACAAUGAAAUCAAACAACAAGAAAAAAUGACUUAAACAAUUAAUGGCAAAAAUAAUGACUAGACAAUACAAUUAUGUAAGUUUCUGUAGGGGUGUACUUGUCUAAAAUACACUUCUCACAUGAAUAUGCUCAACAUUCAGAAUUAAUUAUGCACUUAUACACUCUGGCC